UUUGCGCAUGUACAUUCAGACAGAACAUUCACUGGCUCCAAGAUGGCGAUAACACGACUGGCUGGGUUUCUGGUCCUCCUCUCUACUCACUGCUACAUCACCACCUUGGCAGUGAUACUCAAAAGUGCAAACAAGUCGCCGUGGGCCAAUGAGUUUGAAUCCAUUGAGUUAUCCUGUUUGAUAGAGUCCAUCACCACGAGCAACCCCAGAAUCGAGUGGAAGAAAAUAAAGAAUGGCGAACUCAGUUAUGUUUACUUUGAGAAAAAGAUUUCAGGGGACUUGGAAAAUAGAGCAAAAAUCAGGGAGCCGGCGACUUUAGUGAUAUUCAAUACGACCAGAUCUGACACUGCUCAGUACCGCUGUGAGGUCACCGCUCCGUACGACCCAAAGUCCUUCGACGAGAUUUUAAUAGACCUUGUUGUACGAGUGAAGCCCGUGGUGCCCAGGUGCAGCGUGCCCAAGUCGGUGCCCGUGGGGAAGGCGGCCGAGCUGCGCUGUGUGGAGGACGAGGGCUUCCCCCGGUCCAAGUACCAGUGGUUCCGCAACAAAGAGGAGAUCCCCGAGGACCCGAAGAGCAGCCCCAAGUUCUUCAACUCCACGUACACUCUCAACAUCAACAGUGGAACGCUGAAGUUCAGCGCGGUCAGGAAGGAGGAUGCGGGGGAGUACUACUGCAAGGCGAGGAACGAGGCCGGCCAAUCGCAGUGCGGCCCGCAGAUGAUGGAAGUCUAUGACAUCAACGUUGCCGGGAUCAUCUUGGGAGUGCUGGUGGUGGUGGUGGUUCUCCUGUGUAUAACAGUGGGGAUAUGUUGUGCGUAUAAACGGGGCUACUUCGCCAGCCAGAAACAAACAGGAAACAACUACAAAGCUCCUGCGAAAGGAGAUGGGGUUGACUACGAUAGGCCAGAGGACGAGGGCGACUUCCGACACAAAUCCUCAUUCGUCAUUUGAAGAAGACAAAAAAAAAAAGGAAGAUGGGAGUGAAUCCAAGUCGAAGGCGUGCUACCUUCCGGCUGAACUUCCGAGCUUACGAGACAACCGACGAGCUGCCGCAGCGUGAGCCUGGCUCCCAGGCACGUCUGCAACGAAAUCAUUUGAGUUUGCCAAAGGUUACAACAGUUAUUACACGAUACAUAAUAAUAAUAGCAGCAGUAAAACAAAAAUGUUUCAUAUGGAACCCAGUUUAAUAAUAUAAACUUGGUUUUCCUUGUCCCUUUGAAUAUAAUUUUCAUGUCCUCACCAAACAAAACACCAUGUUUUUUACGUCACGGAGUUUCAUUUUACAGGAAAAUGCAUGUUAUUAAUAAGGAUCGAACUGACCGAAAACCGGAAUAGGCUUUCGACAGGACAAAAAAAAAAAUGUAAUCGAAGGCUGGCCAUUAUACUCAACAGACUGUAUUACGGCUUACAAGACGUGCAUUGCUACUGUAAACAUCUCGAUCCAAACCUAUUGUUGACAUUUCUAUAACUCACCAUUUUUUGUACCAACAAAAUUUGUCAAGAUAUUUUUGAUGGAAUAUAUUUUGAAAUGCCUAUAGAUAAAGGUUUACUUUUUUAAAUAUUUGUAAUAUACUAACAUGAAAGCCAAUUUUUUUUUUUUUGGUUUUGAAAAAUAGUUAACAUUUUUAACCGCACAGUAUUCAGUUACAAUUACAUCCCCCUCCAAAAACCUUUUCCAUUACUAAAUUAUUUGCAUCAGCAUAUCAAGGUUUUCCCCCAUAAUUUUGGUCUUAUUUUAUUUACUGCUGGGAUUUAAAAAUGUUACUAUUCAAAAGAAAGUUAUGUAGAUAGUUUUAGUAAUGGUAUUGACUACAGCAAAAGGCUGGUGGACACUAUAAAAUCUGUCAGUGCAGUGUGCUAUUGAUUUAAGUGACCUUCUGUUUAUCUUGUAAAUACUGGAUAUACUGUCCAAGUUGGCUUUUUUAGUUUUGAAGCUGAGAAUACUUUCGGUAAUUAGGAAAGUUUUUAAUAAUAACACAGGGUUUUUAUGUUAGCUAACAAUUGUAUUGUAUUGGUUGUAUAUAGAUGAGAUGUGCGAAUAAAAAGCUUUUUCUCAAAAAGGCAAUGUACAAUGAAGACUUGGUAAAUUAAAGUGAUAAGCAUUGGAAGAGGCAAAAUGAAACUCUUUACGUAGUAUUAUGUGAAAAUAAAUUCCACACUUGCACUUGGUAGAGAGAGGAUAUGCCUUAGUUGGUGCACUGUGCUGUGUGCAAGAAUUUCCAUUACUUAGGAAAGUUAUGAUUUUUGGCGAAACUGAAUUCGACUGCAAAAAUAAAAAUGAAGUGCAGCAACAUUUAGGAAAUUGUUUUUAUUUCCAGUGCUUAUGGAUAAAGUUUCAAGACUUCAGUGUUAUCAGACGACAGAAAGAACUUACAUAUUUUUGUUCUGUUCAGAUGCAGGGGAGAAAAUUUAAAAAAGAGAACCACUUCUGAUGUUUUUGUAUUUAUUUUCUGUAUACAAUUUUGAUUUUAAAAAAAUUAUAAUAAUUCAGUUUUAGAGUUUGUUUUCAAUUGGCUCACAGCUUGUGUGGUAUAUUUAAAGAUGUGUCCAGAAGUUUCUGAUGAUCUGCCAGUUUUGCAGUGGCUGGUGUAAGGGCACAAACAAGAUGGUGAUUUAAAGCAUUAUCGGAUAUAUCCUUUGCCCGAGCAAAAGGCGUGUGUGGGCCAAUCGAGAACAUACACCGACAUUGAAAUAAUAACCAAUAAAUCCAGAAAUGUGAACUAGCCCUUCAAGACAUUCAGUAAAACGGAAGCCACAGGAUGUUUUUUCUGUUCUGGUAUGAGAUGUAUUGAUUGUAACAGAAAUUAAACAAUCAGCUCCUGCUUGUAGCGCACCAUUGCAAAUUAUGAAAGCCAAGAGCAUUACUUCAGAAUAUGCAAAGUGUGGUUUUGAAUUUUCUUCCCUGAUGUUAGCCAAAUGUAGAUCAUUCCUCUCAAGUGCCUUAUAGCCUUAAGUUGAGGGGGGAAAAAUCUCAGGAGUUCUAUAGAUAAAAAUGGUAAACAUAUUAAUGGAUAUAUAGCUCUGCCCUAAAACCAUUAUUGCUUUAGUUUCAGAGGUUGUUGAUGCAAAGUUUAUAGUCUUUGUCUUCAACAGUCAAUCAUCGUGUCAAAUGUGUGCAUAUUCGUUUUAUACUUAAGCAAGCAGAAAUCUUUGAUCAUCUUUCUGGAAAAUGUGUAACCUUGGACAGUGUUAGAAAAUACUGUCCAGGCUUUGUAUUUCAUUGGGAAAACAAGGUUAGGUGUUUGAGAGGAAUUUUUCAGCAUGUGACCGUUCGUAUUUAUGCUUAACUCAGUGUAACUAAUCUUUCCCUUCAAAUUGCUACAUUGUCAAUCAGGAGAGUUAGGUUCAUAAAAAUUGAAAUCAUGGGUCAAGCCAUCUGAAGAUAAAUACAUUUUUCCUUUUGCCUCCAAUAACCAUUUCAGCAUAUAUCAAAAACUUUUUUGUAAAUAAUUUUAUUUUUCUUUGCAAAUUAAGACUUGUUCAUUUGAAGUAGAGGUAGAUAUUUUUAUUAUGUAUUAGUGCCUAAACCUAGUGUAAAAUAUUUUCGUAAAGAUGCACAGCACUAGUAUCCACAGAAACACUUGGGCAUAUACUCUGUUCAUUAAAACUUUCACAAUACACAAUUCAGCACUUGGCAUCUGCAGUGAACCUGAUGAGGACUACGCCACGUGCCAAACUAGAUUUCACAAAAACAUCCAGCUUAAUUAUGAAGGAUUCUUCCACUUCCACAAUAUAGCCGUGUUUUCAGAGUGCCGUUGUCAUUAAUGCUUUGAUAAGUUUUCAUUUGGUGCACAUCUACGACACAAAUCUGCAACACUGAGGAGCCGUGUUCGGUAAUUUGAGAUUAGUUCACAAACUGUUUUAACUUGAGGGUUUACUAUAUAAAUAUGUGAACAUAAAAUUCCAAUUUGUCAGCAGAAUCCAUGUAAUGACCCUUGGACAGAGGGGUCUGGUGAAAAUCCUGUGUGACUUCUUGAGCUGUAUGUUUGUGAUUAAUAAAACUCACUUCUAAUA